AAGACUAGCCUGACCAACAUGGCGAAACCCUGUCUCUACUAAAAAUACAAAAUUAGCUGGGCGUGGUGGUGCAUGCCUGUAAUCCCAGCUACUCAGGAGGCUGAGACGGGAGAAUUGUUUGAAUCUGGGAGGCGGAAGUUGCAGUGAGCCGAGAUCGUGCCAUUACACUCCAGCCUGGGCAACAAGAGCAAAACACUAUCUCAAAAAAAAAAACAAAAAACAAAAAACCUGGUGUGAUUCCGUCCUGCGCAGCUAUUCUCCCUGUUUAGGGGCUGGUGCAAAGGAUGAAUUGCACAUUGUUGAAGUAGAGGCAAUGAAUUACAAAGGCAGUCCAAUUAAAGUAACACUGGCAACUUUGAAAAUGUCUGUACAGCCAAAGGAUUCCCUUGGGGGCUUUGAAAUCACACCACCAGUGGUCUUACAGUUGAAGUGUGGUUCAGGGCCAGUGCAUAUUAGUGGACAGCACUUAGUAGCUGUGGAGGAAGAUGCAGAGUCAGAAGAUGAAGAGGAGGAGGAUGUGAAACUCUUAAGUGUAUCUGGAAAGCGGUCGGCCCGUGGAGGUGGUAGCAAGAUUCCACAGAAAAAAGUAAAAGUUGCUGCUGAUGAAGAUGAAGAUGAUGAUGAGGAGGAUUUUGAUGAUGGGGAAGCUGAAGAAAAAGCGCCGGUGAAGAAAUCUAUACGAGAUACUCCAGCCAAAAAUGCACAAAAGUCAAAUCAGAAUGGAAAAGACUCAAAACCGUCAACACCAAGAUCAAAAGGACAAGACUCCUUCAAAAAAACAGGAAAAAACUCCUAAAACACCGAAAGGACCUAGUUCCAUAGAAGACAUUAAAGCGAAAAUGCAAGCAAGUAUAGAAAAAGCGCAUUGAACAGUCCUGGGCACUACUGGUAAAUUAAGCCCAAAGAUGGGGAGAAAGGAAAAGGAGAGACAAAUAUAGUCCAUACUGAGUGUCAUCAACAAUCCAGACUGAAGUCUUCUAUUUUAAUUUCAAUCCCCUUUUCUGAUUUGCCACCCAUGCCUCUUCAGGCUGGAAAUAAUCUCACGCUUGGUUCCCUAAAGCACUUUCUUCUGACUGCUGUGAUUCAGUGAACCUUGCCCUUUCCUUUCUAUUACUUGUGCAUUUGCCUCACCUCUGACAAUGUUUUAAGUCGCCUUUGUAUCUCCUUAGCUGCUUAAUAAAUAUUUGAAUGAAUCAAAAAAAAAAAAGGAAAGAAAACAGAAAAAAAAGAUAAACUGGCAGAUUUGAAACAAUUGUAGGUUUAAGAGGAAAAACUUAUAACAAAUAGCUGGGAAUGAUACCAUCAGAGAUGAGCUCAAGAGCAGUGGUGGGAAGAGGCCUGCUGCCAGCGCCACCCCCGCUCCCGCCCUGCUGGUGUGGUCACAGCAAGGGGCUGCAAUGGACUCCAGAACAUUCCUAUCAUCCUGAUGAAGUCAGAAAAUAGAAACCUCACUCUUUUGUCUUCCUGUUAGCAGGUGUUUGGAAGCCUUCAAACAGUUUCCAAAAGUCUCAGCAAGCUGAGGGCAGAGGCUCUCGGAAGCCCACGGGGGAUGUUUGGCACCUGUUUUGCUGGUAAAACGCGAGGAAGUCCAUAUGUACUCUUGCCACCCCCAGUGUGACCAGAGGGAAGUUUCUCCCCUCUUUACGUUGUAAAUGUCUUGCAUAAUUUAGCCCUCUUUUCCUAGUUAAACGUUACCCACAGCUGCCUGCUAAAUGGAAAAAUGACCAACAAAUCACCAGGCAGGUAUGUGUCCAUGAAGAAUUUCCCACGAACCAGCAGGGAUGUUGACCUCUCAUUUUAACAACCUGGGGUUGUGAGACCAUAAAAAUCACUU